UGGUUGGCAAUGAUGGCUCAACAAAGCAUCAUUCUCAAGAACGGAACUGCUCUUAUCCACAACGCAAAUGACCAGGUCGUGCCAACCAAAACAGACGUCCUCAUAGAGGACGGAAAGAUUGUGAGGAUUGCGGAAACCAUUGCAACGUCCAUCGGAACCGAGGUUAUCGAUUGUACGGAUAAGAUCAUCAGCCCCGGGUUCAUUGACACCCAUCACCAUGGAUGGCAAACGCAGCUGAAGGGACGACAUGCGAAUGAGCUCUUCCUGGACUACAUGAUAACAGGUGAGUUCUCGCAAUCUGCUCUGGUAGCGCUUUGCACUAAACAACAUAGGCGGGUAUGGCGGUGUCUUCUACUCGGCAAAGGACUGCUUCUGGGGACAGCUUUCGGGAAUGCUUGAAGCGCUUGCUGCCGGGACGACAACAGUGGUGGAUCAUGCACACAUCAUCUUCUCUCCUGAUCAUGCAAGGCUCGGUAUCGCAGCGACGGCAUCUUCCGGCAUACGCGCAGUUUAUUGCUAUGAUGCGACCGCUCGUCCUAAAUCUGUAUCGCCGCUCGAGAUGGGCCAAAACCCGCUUGAAGACUGGGUCAUGGAGACUUUCACAGCGCUGGCAGACCAGGCUCCCUUUGGAGACGGAAGGGUGACUCUAGGUUUCGCGUACGAUAUGUGGUUUUUGCCCCCGAAGGUGACUCGAGGUGUGCUGGACCAAGUCGAUGCAAAGAACAUCCGAACCAUAACGACCCACGGUAUUCCACAGACCAGUAUCGCCCGGGACUUGAAAAAGUCCGGGUUGCUAGAUGAACGGUAUCUAAUCUCACAUGGCGGCCCAUUUUCGAGUGAAGACGCCGAAAUCAUCAAGCAGACAGGCGCUCACGUGUCGUCUACGCCUAGCACUGAACUACAGAUGUUUAUCGCAGGGAGGCCAGUCUGCUUCAACGCAUCGUUUACGGAAGGGGAAGGCCGGGCCGGCAUCCAAGAGAAAGCGAGUCUCGGAGUGGACUGCCAUUCAAACCAGUCUGGAUCGAUCAUCUCCGAGGCACGCAUUGGGCUCCAAGACGCGAGAAUGCACUUCCAUGAGAACCUGCGGGGAAAGACCGCGCGAAAACUUCCUGAGAGUUUGAGCGUCGAGGCCGCGUUCAAUCUUGCGACGAUCAAAGGAGCCGAGGCGGUGAGAAUGGAGAGCGAAAUUGGACGCAUUGCCGAGGGUUAUCGUGCCGAUCUGGUAAUCUUUGACGGCUUGAGUCCGGCGAUGGUUUGCGCCGCACAAUACGAUCCAGUCGCGGCGAUUAUCCUUCAUUGCAGUCCAGGAGACAUCGACAUGGUGUUAGUAGAUGGUAUGGUACGGAAGAAAGAUGGCCUGCUCUUGCCAGUCAGUGUUGAUGACUUGGCUAAGGAGGCGGUCUCCGCAACGUCGCUGACAUGGAAGGACAUUGCGAGGGAGACGAUGAAGAGUCAGCAAGCGAUCGUGAAACAGGCGGAUCAAGUUGAUGUCGCUGAAGGUGUGGCAGCUCUGAAGAAAUUGUGGCACUGGGAUGAGUCGACUUUCGUGAACUAGAUGUGACAGUUCAACUAGAAUGCGUGCCCGCAGUGCGCACUGCAAGGUAGUAUGA